CGAUAAGGUAAACUUGUUUACUUGCCAAUUGCAUUUAAACGCACAAACGGUUAACAAAGCGCUCAGAUUGAAGAUUUAGGAGGUGGAGAGGAGUAGAAUUUGAUCAUAAGGCAUAUAAAAGAAUGGAAAAGUCUCGUUUUUCCGCCAUCGCUUUGUUGGUUUUGCUGGAGUACGUUGGUGGCUCAUUGGUGCCUCACGAAGAUCGAAGCGUUGUCGAUUUGCUUCAUGUCUGCAAUGGUGGUCGUUGGGGUGAAUGGCAUAGUCCGAAAUUCUGUCCACAAUCAACGUAUGCCAUAGGAUAUUACAUUCAGGUUGAGACGCCAGAUGGCGAUGAUACAGCACUCAACAACAUUAUGCUAAUGUGCGGCUGUCGCGAUGGUUCUGUUGGUGUCACAGUUUCUUCUGGGUUUGGACCAUUUGGCUCUUCGAACAAACACAUGUUGUGUCCCCGUGUUUCCGGUGAAGCACAAUUCAUGGUUGAAUUUCUCCUUAAAGUUCAGCCGGAUCAGGGUCUGAACGGCGAUAACACAGCGGCUAACGACAUCAAGUUCAAAUGCGGUUCUUUAAAGACCGGAUCAGGCGCUGCAAGUGUCAUUCACGCUCCAGGUGGCACAGAGUGGGGCAAUUGGUCUCAAACUUGGAGCAACCGAUGCCCGGAGCAUUCGGCCAUCUGUGGAAUUAAAACCAAAAUCGAAUCUUGGCAGGGAAGCCGUACAGACGAUACCUCGCUUAAUGACGUCAAGUUUUAUUGCUGCGACGACUAAUGUUGUUUGUGUUCACUUACUUUAUUUCUGUGCCGACCUUAACUUAAUUGGCAUUUAAGGCUGAUUUUCCUAUCGUUUUUGUUACUCUCGAUCUUGUCCAGAUGAUAUACUGUAAAUACAAUACAAGAUGUCCAAUGCCAUAGUUAACGUAACUCGUUAUCGGAACCCAUAAUAUAGUAUAUACACUACGUGUCAUUAGUUUUGUAAAUAGUGUAUUCAUGCAAAUAAAGAAAAGAAUUAUGAAUAAAAUUUCGAAGCAUUACGAAACAUAUUUGACU